GCUCAUGCCUGUCAGCUUGUUGUUUGCGUCAUACGUCAGCGUGAGCUCUUUGGACACACACGUGAGAAACACGAGAAUGUUAAAGCCCAAAACAGCAGAUUUACUCUUUAUUUUAAACACAACGUGAGAAAACUUCAUUGCAGUGCUUUAAUUCGUUUGAAAUUAUCACCGCGGAGAAGAGCUGUCGAGAAAAGUGUGUGCUAAAAGACUUAAGGGAGUGUUUGUGAAUAAAGUGAAAGAAAUAACACGAGAUGGACAGAAGUGCUGAAGACUCACUGCAGCUUCAUGAGGAUGAGGAGAUCAUCGAGGUUAUUGAUUUAAAUGAUACGGAACCGACCGCAGAUGAUCUCGCGGAUGAACUGGAGGAUGUGGAUGUAGCUGAUAUGGCAAACGAUGAUGAUGAUGAUGAUGAUGAUGAUGAUGACAAUGGAUGGGAAACAGAAGAAGAGAUGGAGUCCGAGCAGGACGACAGUGAACUUACUUUCUCCAAACACACUGGUUCAGUCUUCUGUGUUGGUUUAGACCCGGUCAACAACAGUCUUGCUAUUACUGGUGGAGAAGAUGAUCGGGCUUACGUGUGGACUGUGUGCAAUGGAGACGUGUUGUUUGAAUGCACCGGUCAUAAAGAUUCAGUAACUUGUGCUGCGUUCAGUUGUGAUUCAAAACUUGUGGCAUCUGGUGACAUGAGUGGUCUCAUUAAAGUCUGGAGAGUGGAGAGUAAGGAAGAAAUUUGGUCUUUUGAAGUCGGAGACCUGGAAUGGUUUGAGUGGCACCCAUGCGCCCCGGUUCUGUUGGCUGGCACAGCUGACGGUAACACCUGGAUGUGGAAGAUACCGAGCGGAGAGUGCAAGACGUUUCAAGGGCCCAGCUGCCAGGCGACAAGUGGAAAGAUUCUACCUGAUGGUAAGAGAGCAAUUGUGGGAUAUGAGGACGGAAGUUUACGUCUUUGGGACUUAAAACGAGGCGAUGCUGUUUAUGCUAUCAAAGGUCAUGAGGGUCAUCGGGGGGCUCUGACAUCAAUGGCCUGCAGUAAAGAUGGAUCUCUGGUUCUGACGGGUUCAGUGGAUGGCCAUGCAAAACUCAUCAGCACAUCCACAGGAAAGGUUGUAUAUUCAUUUAACAAUGAAAACUAUGAAGCGAAAGACUCUGGUCAGGAACAGGAGUGUAACUCUGUGGAGUCUGUGGGCUUUUGUAAUGUUUUGCCUCUGAUUGCUGUUGGAUAUCUGGACGGCACUCUGGCCAUUUAUGAUUUGAACACACAGAGUCUAAGACAUCGGUGUAAACAUAACGUUGGGUUAGUUCACCUGCAGUGGGAAGAGGCGUCUGCAGUGGUUUCCACAGGUAACCUAGCUGGUGUUGUCACACUCUGGGACGCUCGAUCCGGAGCCAUGAUGUCAGAGUAUCACGGUCACUCCGCCGAGAUCCUUGACUUUGUUCUCAACAGAGAAGCGUCAGCCGUCGUGACUGCAGGAGGAGAUCACAAAGCCAAAGUCUUCUGUCUCCAGAGGCCGGAUCGCUAAGAAUGAUUAACUUUCUGAAAAGCUAUCAUUCACACCCUGUAUCUGUCCGUUUCUUUCUUUUACAGACAGAUACAAAAAACAAUCAGACUAUUUGUUCUCUUAACUGAUGCAUACACCUGGAAUUGAGUUUUAAAAUCAUCGUUUUGUCAUCUUGCCCAUACGUGAUGACAGAAACACCAUUUUAUAGUUUUGCUUCUACAGACUCAUCCAUUGACUGGGCAGAUUAAACGUUCUCUGUGUUAUUCAAAGUUUGCAGUUGUCUGUUCUUUGGUGUAGAUAAAAGAAAUUAAAGCUGGGUAAUCUGUGAGCAGUCACACUAAUAUACUGUCUGACUUUUCUUGAGUGUUUUAUUGUAAAUAGUGUCUUAUACACAUGGUUGGUUAAUAACUUUGAUUUAUGAAGUUAAUUGCUUGUUUUUUUUUUUCAUUUAAACACAAUGAGUGUUUCACUUUUACAGAGUUUUGUGAUUCUGAUCAGAUAAGCGGACUUUAUAUUCAGUAAACUCUUUAAUUGGUCA